UCAAUUUAGAUUAUUAUUUUAAUUGUAUUAUUUAGUCAAUAACCUCGUUUAAUUCAAUAGUAACGAACUCAAAAGUUAAUGUAAAUUUCGGUGUUGUUAAUGUGUGCUGUGAUCGAGUGGUGUAUCUACAUGUAUAGGAAUGCUGUAAAUGCUCUUGCCUUUCUAAAUAGUUUUAACUCAUGUAAAGUAUUGUACAAAUUUUAUUUAAGUACUUAGAAACUAUGGCUAAUGUGGAUUAUGAACUGGAUGGAUCUGGAGGGCUGAUGGCUCAAGUGCAAGCCUUAAUUGCACCUCCAGUGAGUGAAGAUAAAGCAUCUACAAGUGCAGCAGCUAAGGCUGCACAAAAGAAUCAUCCAUAUUAUAAGAGGCCAGGCAGGGGCCACAAUCAUGAUCUGUGUGAUAGCUGUGGUGAGGGUGGUGAUUUAAUUUGCUGUGAUAAAUGCCCAUUUAGCUUUCAUUUACAAUGUCAUAAUCCACCUUUAGAAGAACAUGAUAUUCCAGAAGGUGAAUGGCUGUGCCAUAGCUGUCGUAAUAAAAGUCUGAAAUCUAUGCAAUCAAAGACAACAAACUCAAUGGCACUUCUGAUACGGGCUGCCAGUUUAGAGAAUCCAAAACAGUUUGAAUUGCCCAGGCACAUGAUGGAGCCCUGCUACUUUCCAGGCACUGAUAAAGUUGAAAAGUUCAGGGCUGGGAAGAGACCACCCACCACUGCAAGCACAAGUACAGCAAAUCGCAAAGACACUGCUUUGCCGUCAAGCAAAUGUUACGUGUGCUCAAAAACAUGCAGAAGCGGAACGUUGAUAUCGUGUGAUUUUUGUCCAUUGUUUUUCCAUUUGGAUUGCUUGGAUCCGCCAUUGGCAACUCCACCAUCGGACAGAUGGAUGUGCCCCAAUCACGUUCAGCACAUCCUUGAUUCCAAGCUCUUGACAUCAUCCUCAGCAACAGAAAGAAAUCGUCUAUGGGCGCAGUACGCCCAUCAGCCAGUUGAUCAAGAUGCAAUAAAAUUAGAAUUCUUUCGGCGCGUGCAUAGAUCCAAUCCGCCGUUUAGGUUUAAGGUGAAAAUGAGCACCAGGAGGAGAGUCUCAGUUCCUAUGAUGGUGAAAAUGCAUUACAGGAAGCCAAUAGCUUUAUUGCCAUCCCUCAGAGAUGUCCUCAGAUUGAAUACUGUAGUAAAUAGGGAAAUUUUUGAGAUUAUCAAGCAGGAAGUGGAUCAGAUGAAGGAGGACGAGAUUAAAAGUGUCUCGGAUGAUGUGGAGAUUGUGUCUGAAGAAAGAUGUGACGAUGUUAUGGAGACUGUUGAUAUGACUGAGGAUGAUGUUGAGAUGGUCACUGAAAUGGAGGUGGACAAGGAAGAUGUCCAGGAGAACGUUUUCGAGUUAACAAAUGAGGCUGGCGAGUUUUUGGAGCAAGUAUUAAAGGAGGAGAAAUUUAAACGAAGUGUUGAGAAGACGACGAAGGAGGAGGUAGUAGAGAUUAAGGAGGAAGUUAAACGCGAACAUCACGAGGAGAAAUGUUUGCCCUAUAAUGGAUGCGAUUACAUUUCAGAUAAUUCAUUUGAAUUGAUGGAAGCCGAACGCGAGCUGCGACAGAUCGACGAUCGGGUGCUAAAGCUGUUGGCGUUGCAACGGAUCCAACAGAUUUUGUACACUCAGCAGCACACUGAAGAGUCCUACCAGCUCUCAGCUUAUCUAUCUCAAGCCCAUUCCAGCAGUUUGCAAUCCGUAUUAAGGAAUUGCAACAUGCCACUGCCAAGCCAGCUUCUAACAGCAGCUGAUAUUGAGAGAAUAGCUAGGGUGUUUUCGAGUCCUAAGAAGCAGAGGAACUCGGGGAACGGUAGCAGGAUUAUAGCUUCUGGCGUCAGCAGCUUGAGGGCCAGGGCUAUGCUAUGUCCGGUGGUGUCUAAAUACUUUUACAACGUGCGGAGCAGCGAUGGCACCGAGAUCAGACACGACGCUAGUUUCAUGGGUUACAGACCCACAGUGUCUGCGAGAUUCCCAGAGGCUCUUUCAAUGCGUUAUCGGAGUCUCUCGAUUGGUAGAGGUGCUGCAAACCAUCUCCAAUUGGAUCGUUACGGGCAUUGCAACAAUGUAUCGCCUAAGCAUGCCGUUAUAUUCUUCGAUGAGUUUACUAAACAAUACGAAUUACUGAACUAUUCGCAACACGGAAGUUACGUGAACAACGUGCUCUAUUCGAAUCACGUAAUUGAAAGACCGCACAAGGUGAAUCAUCACAGAUCAGCGGAAUUGGAUAAACAAGUUAGGGAUAUUGUGGAUAAGCGCAGAAAGGUAAUGCGAAGGUGUAAGAGUAUGAAUUCUGACGCAAAAAUGAUCUCCAUGGAUUCGAAUCUCGGGAAGGAGUGUUCCUGCGUAACGGGGACAUCGGGCAACAGACAUUUGCCUCCCGAAGAGCAGAAUAACAGCGCAGGAUGGGAAGGUUCGGCUUUGUUACAUCACGGCUCCCUAUUGCGUUUCGGCUGCGUUUCUUUUGUUUUCUCUAUAGUGGACUGCGCCACGCUAUGAAGAAACUUACUUAAGCUCCAUUUGCCCACUUAAGUGUAAUUUGUAUUUGUAUACAAAAUUAAAUCAUAUUCAACUUCCAAAGUCGAUUAUGUUAUCCUGUGCUGCUUUUCCUUCACUUCCUUUGCUCAAAACAGAUAAUUUAAGAUAUG